AGGAGGAAAUAAGAAGCAUCCAUGAGCAUUCGUACGUUCAAGUUGCGUCAUGCGCUCUAACACAUCACUCGCCAACAGCGAAUAGGGAGACACGAGACGUCAAACAUCCAUCCGUUUCGAUGUCACACGCUUUUCCUACACACACUGAGCCAGUUCAGAAGUUUGGAUAUUCCAAAGUAUUAACAACAACCGUAGAGAAUGAGUGCUUUGCCAUAUUUUGGACUCCUUCUAGCCCUCGUCAUCCAAUCGAUGGUCGCAAUGGACCCAGGUGGGCAGGAGCGGCGACCGCAGCGCAGCCAGUCAGUUUUGCAAAAAAUGAGGAACGUGAUCCGUGUGGCAGACUCGGAUCCUUGCCUGGACCUCGGCGAGCAGAAGAUUCAGCGGAAAAAUUGGGAAGAAAUAGCUGAAAAGUCCGCCCUUUGUCAGGCUGCGUUUGAUGACCUCAUGUCACUGCCGGACGACCUGAAAGGCCCUUGUUUGGGCGCCUGCCGGGCAGAGUGUCAACUCAAGAAGAAGAAGUCAGGACAAUGGUUCCAGUGCACGGUAUUGAAACCGUCCCAUUGCUUUUGUACUCCAUCUACGAAGCCUUUUGCGUUUUGUGCCUCGAGUGUCGCCCUUGAGAUUCAACGGAACCAAGAUGCUCCAGCCCCUGGAAGGACACUUUACCAGGCAUUGAGCGCCAAUCGCCGAGGAGGCGGCGGAGCCAACUGAGAUCCAAUUUCAAAUCGCAUUGUUAAAGUCAUUUCAUUUCUUUUUUAUUUAUACGAAGCUUCUCUAUUUAAAAUUAUACAUAUUUUCGAAUGACAUAAUAAAAAGAAAUGACUUAACUGACUCA